GGGCUCUCAAAGUUUGUCUCACAUUUUCCAUAAAAAUACGGAUCUUUUUAUUUUAUCCUACAUAGUUUAAUUUAGAAAUGAAAAAUCAUGAUCAUUGCCACACAUAUGUGGAACCUAUACAAGAGUCAGCUGACCUAGCGUCUUUUCCUACAAAGGCUUCAUUAGACAUCUCAAAUUCACAUAGUAAUAAGGCUCAACAUGCACUAUGUCUUUUUGAGUCCCUUCGAAAAACUGUCGACACUACAUCUUCCGUGCUCUCUUCUACCCAUGGGGACUCAUCGUCGCCAACUAUUUCGCCUUCGAAUCUACAUCUCAACAAGUCCAUUGACAUUGACAAUCGAGUCAAAAAGGUUACGUCCCCAAGGGAAGCUGCGGAUCUCACGUCUAAGGGGCUACAGAGCAGGCUGAUGACAGCGGAAGCGACGAUUAAAAUUCUAUAUCGCCAAAAUCAAGAGCUGCGAGACCGUCUCACUCAUGUAAUGGGUAAAAUGAAGAGCGCAAGAAAUUUGCCUUUGCAAGAUGUUCUUAUUUCCAACGAGAGUAAGGCUUCUACCCUUCUAAUCUCUAGAACAGAGAACUCGGUUAUCGACUUUUGCUUAAAUGGUCAAGAUCGAUAUGAAGAUACUGAGAAAGGAGAGGCCUUUAGUUUACAGCUUGGUGACCGCACUGGUACGGCGCCAGGGCAGUUCUUCGGGAGCACGCCGGAGCUGCGAGGCCGAAUAGCAUCAUCGGCGCAGUUGGCCCCGUUUUCCGACCUUCCCCGCACCAUGCAGGCGUUGUCCCCAUUGAUGAGUCAGGGGUCCAUCCCUUCUGUAAUCAACGAUUCCACCACCGAAUUGGUGAAUUCGAAAGUUGAAAGGCAAUUGGCUGCUCUGAGACAGCAACUUAUCGAACAGCAGGUACAACACGAUGUAGAGCUUCUACACAUGAAUGAGCAGUUGUACCUUAUGGAGCGAAAGAGGGAACUACGAUACAUUUGA